AUGCUCAAAUUAGGAAUUCCCUUCACACCAUUUUUUCAACCAGAUGAUCAUACUGACCAGUGGUAUCUACUAACGCGUGUAUCAAUUCCCUCGACAAAAUCAGUCGUAAAAACACGUUUGGAUUAUAUUUUUUUAUUGAUUUUUAUUCUUAUGUGUGAUAUGUGCUCAACUACCUCGAUUAACAUACCAUUCACUAACACUAAUAUUACUGAUAAGAACCAUGAAGUUAGUAGAGUUAUUAAUAGUACUAGUAAUAAUAAUCACAAUGGUGUAAAUGAGAAAUCUUUUGCGAAAAGAUUAGUUACCAGAUCUUUCUCAUUAUUAUCUGCCUCACUAAUGUAUGAUAAUUCACAGUCACUGGCAUACUUAACUCCAAUCACAUUCACUGUAAAUGAAAAUACACCGAUUUCAACUAUUAUUGGUUAUAUACCAGAAUUAAUUUAUCCCUCGCUUACAAGAGACAUUAAAUUUACACUUCCACAGAAUACAUUUUUUGAAAUUGACUCUAAGGGCAGCCUACGUGUUAUCGGUGAGCUAGACAGAGAUGAUAAUCCUCAGUUAUGCAUUGAACCAGGCUAUCCACAACAGUGUAUAUGGAGUAGUUUUGCUAUUACAACAGACGGUCAGUAUAUUGGGCUACGGAUAACAAUUAAUGAUCUAAAUGAUAACAUUCCUAAAUGGCCUCAAUUAUUUAUUGUAAUUAAUGUACAGGAAGAAGUGAAAAUUAAACAGAAUUUUGAACUCCCUCUUGCUAAUGACCCCGAUUAUGGCAUAAAUUCAAUUCAGGAAUAUAAACUAAGAGUUAAUGAAGCAGAAGCUAAAUACUUUAAGUUAAUUGUAGAGAAGAAUAGUGUUAAAAAUUUAAGUUUGUUCAAUUUUCACUUGGUAUUAAGUGUCAUUGGAACAUUAGACCGUGAACGUCAAGCAUGGUAUAAUUUAAGUUUGUUAGCGAUAGAUGGUAGUAAACCAUAUAAUACAGGUACGCUUGAAAUAACUAUUCACAUAACUGAUGAGAAUGAUCAUUCACCGAUCUUUUCAAGUCAAUUCUACCAAGCUGUAAUAUCUGAAGAUUUGGAGAUAGGCAGUAUGAUAUAUCUAUCAGAAAAUAAUGAAACAUUGGACAAUAUUGACCCAUUAGGCAUUCUUAGUGAUGAUUCAUCAACUAAGCAUAUUAAAAAGUAUCAAAUACAUGCUACAGAUCCUGAUGAAGGCAUAAAUGGUGAAAUUGAAUACUACUAUGCAACUUCAACACCUAAAUCAGUACUAGAAAAUUUUGAAUUGGAUAAGCAUACAGGUUUAUUAUAUAUAGCUAAAGCAUUGAAUUAUGACAUUGGACCAAAUGAAUGGAACUUUCAAGUGAUUGCAUCAGAUAAAGGACGUCCAGCCAGAUCAAGUACUACCACUGUAGCAAUUCGCCUAAAUGAUGCUAAUACACAUGCACCGACAAUUAAAUCACGCAUACAAUUGACAGAGAAUUAUAAAACACAUUUAAAAAGGUUGAAUGUAGACUAUUCACUUAACAAUGAGAGUAUAUUACACAUACCAGAGAAUGUAAAACAUACAAAUGAACCAUUGGUUGUAUUAACAGUUAGUGAUAAAGAUACAGGCUUAGGUGGAUCAUUUCUAUGUUAUCUGAAUUCCUUUGACAGCAAAUCCUUUCUUAAAGCUGAUAAUAUAAUGAAUAUACCAAAUCAUAUUGAUUCUAAUGAUUAUAUAGUUAGUCAGUUGAAUAGAGAAGAGUUUCGCCUAGAUUUCACUGGAAAAUUACCUAAAUGGAAAGUAUAUAGUUUAUAUGCUAUUACAACAUUUGACCGUGAAUAUGAUCCAAUACGUCAACUGCAUAUAAUAUGCACAGAUGAUGGUUCUCCGAAAAUGACAUCCACAUAUACAUUGACAGUUUAUAUUGCAGAUGAAAAUGAUAAUCCACCAGAAUUCACUGAGGAUCAAUAUAAAAUUCAUGUUUUGGAGGAGAAUCAACCUAAUUCAACUGUUGGCAGAAUCUUAGCCACUGAUAAGGAUGCUGAUCAAAAUGGCAAGGUGAACUACAAAAUAGAGUGGUCAAAUCAGUAUAAACACUACCAAAAUCUAUUCGCUCUAACACAAGAUGGAAAACUGAUUGCUACACAAAGUUUGGAUAGAGAACGUGUUCCAAAUGGGUAUCACUUCAUGGUGGUUGCAUUUGAUUCAGGUGAGCCUAGUUUAUCAGCUUCUACAAAAAUUCAUGUAAUAUUGGAUGAUAUCAAUGACUGCGUACCUACAUUCUCUCAGUCUGAGUAUAACUUUACCAUAGAUGAAGAUUUUAUGCAAAAUUAUACUGGAUCAAGGCUAAUUGGCAUGGUAACUGCAACUGAUUGUGAUAUAGGAUUAAAUGGAAUGUUAAUCUAUUCCAUUCUUGAUCCUGGCCUACCAUUUGAGAUCAAUAACCAUGGUCUUCUUAAGACAAAUCAUCUCAUCGAUAGAGAGUCUCAUUCAACCUACCAGUUCACAGUUAUAGUCACUGAUGGCGGUGUUCAUCCACCAACUAAGUAUCCAUCACAUGAAAAUUAUCAAAUUGAUGACUAUGAAGGAGAAAUUUAUGAGUCCAUUAACUAUCCAGUGAAAUCUCAUAUAAAAAAUAAAAUUCAUACAACUGCAGUUUCUGUUCGUAUAUUCAUUUCAGAUCUUAAUGACAACGCGCCAAUAUUUGUUUAUCCUAAUACAACUGUAUUCAAAGUUCGAUUGUCUAUACACGAGAAGAAAGGAUUUAUAAUAACACGUUUGGUGGCCGUUGACAAAGAUUCAGGGCAAAACGGUGAAAUAUACUAUAGUCUCCUGAAAGCAGAUCCCAAGCAUAUAUUUGGACUACGUCAUGACACUGGAGAGAUUAUUGUGACAAAUACUAUUGAAAAAUCUGAAGAGGUUUCCACUAUCUUAUCUAUACAAGCCUCAGAUCGUGGUAAUCCUCCAAGAUCCAGUAAAAUUGAUGUUGAAAUCAUUAUAGCAGAUACACCACCGAUUGGUAGAAGUUUUGGAAGACUAGAUGAAUAUCAAUUAGCUAAUUUAAAAUCACUCGGUUUAAUUGGUAUCACAGAAGUGGAUAAUUCUGGUGCAAUUGAAUUGAAUAAAUUAAUUAUGAUGUGUAUUGUAGUUUCUACAACUGUGCUAUGCAUUAUUUUAAUAUUCACUAUUGGAUUAUUUGCUAAACGUACAAGUUGUCGAAAACUUUUUACACCACAAAGACAUAGCAGUUGUAUCCAAAAUAGGUCGCAAAAUGACAGAAAAAAACUUCCUGAUGUUAUUUGUAAAGAUCCAGCAAACAGUGUUGAUCAGAUGGGUGAACUGGAAGAGGAAAGAAAGAAUUUGAAAGAGCCUAAUUCAAUUGAACUCUGCGAUGUGUUAUCCCAUGUACAAUAUAAUCAUUAUCAAGAAGUGGAGAGGAAAAGUUCCUUAGUACCUAAAACAUUCAAUACCCUUACAAAUGCUGUGAAACUUGACCACUUACUUCAAUCCGUAAAUCAUGACAGCAUAAAUGGUCCUGACAAUGAUGCCGGUGAUGAUAAUAAUAUGAAUAAAUCUGCAUUAACAAAUUUACACUGUGAUAACUCUAAUUCACCCGAUAUCAACAUCAACUUACCUUUUUAUACAAGCGGUAAUUGUAAAAAUAAUACAACUCUAUUUAUGGGUCAUUUGGAAUGCAAUCACCCGAUUACAUCUAAUGAUACAAUACAACUUCAUCCAGAAAAUCUCUGUCUAUCAGAAAUCAACUCAGAUCCGCCAACAUCUUAUCCACAGGACGCAGUUAUGACUCUUCCUAGAGUAUGCGCAAUUCAUGGUGCACCUGGGACUGCAAUGAAACUGUUAGCACUUCCAUUAAAUGAUUCCUCUUAUCUUGGUUGUCCUGAAAUACACAGAAAUUUGUGCAUCUCACCACUGAAUGAUGCACCUACAAUCGAUUCAGAUGUUGACUCUGGUCGAGGUGGUAGUGUAAAUAAUAUUGGCAGUUCACCAAACAGUGAACAAUUUACUCAUCAUCCUAAUAUGCCUUCCGGUAAAUCAGACGCUACAAUAUUCCCAGUUCAUUAUGUAACCGGUAAUUUAAAUUUCAGUUUGAUUCCAGUAAGUACAGGCACAAAUUUAAGCCUAAACCCCUCUACAUCUUCCAAUCCAACUGUUCUAUUACCCUUAUCUGAACUAGAAGAUGCUUCAUCAGCAUCCACUCCGGUUAGUGCAAGAAAGUAUUCCAAAGUAACUGGUGACAAACUAAAAGUUACAUUUGCAGAAACACUGAGUGAAGAGGAAACACUAUCCCAACCAAACACUUCACUGGAAAGUUCAAAAACUAUUAUACAUUACCCUUCAUCAAUUUCUUCUGAUCCAGUUAAAAAGGAAAAAGGUCCUUGGAGGCUGAUUCAAUGUGCAUCAAAUAAUGUUAAAUUAUAA